AUGUAUUUUGAGUAUGAUAAGGCUAUAAUGCAAAAGAUAAUCAAGAAGCUUAAGGAGGAAAGCGAUGAAGAUCAAGGAAUCGAAGAUCAUAACAAAGGGAAUGGAGAGGAAUAA